UUCAUUCCUAUCAAUAAAACCGUCGAGUUUAUUAUUGAUCGCCGCGGGACUAGGUCAUCAAGAUGAGUCUCAAAAACGGGGUAAAAAUGUCUCAACGCGAAAAAUUUGAGUUAAUUAACUCUGAAGUGCGUUCUUUUUACGAAUAUUGUAAAGAAGCUGGCAUGAGCGAUGAAGAAAUGGAUAUAAUUUGUCGUCCUUUGACUAAUGCCGUCAGAAAAGCUACAAUCAAGAGAUGGACAAGGGUGGUCCUGGUUUUGAUUAUGGGGAUGGCGAUUGGAUACACUGUCAGCCAGACGGAUACUUUCAAAUGGCAUGCAUCUGCAGUGGCCAGGAUUGUCCUUAUCAAACUGCUGCCUGUUUGGGACUGGACACCACUGUACCACAACAAGUGUAUGAUUGCGAGACCCGCGGAACCUCCUAAUGUAGACGGAGGAGCAUCAGCGACGGAUUGCAUAGCCUGUGAGGCAGUCAAAAACAUUGCGCGCUUGUCUGACACCUCGUACAACGAAGUAUUCAACCACCACCUCCUUCGCGGGGCGCCGGUUAUCGUCGAGGAUGCUCACUACGACUGGUCCUCACGCGAUGAACUCAACCUAACUGGCCUGAUCAGCGACGAUGACCGACUCCGCGACUCGGUCCCUUGUAGGAUCCUUACAAACAUUAGAAUAGGUCGUCAGCCUAUGGACUUAGAAGAGAUCGUUUCUAGAAUCACAAAUACUGACAUACCCAGUUGGUUUGUCCACUUCCAAAAUUGUGACAUUCGGGCGGUCAAAUCCUUUAGGAUCCUCGCUCCUAGACCCUAUUUUCUGUCUCCUCAUAUCCCUCCUUCCCAUUUUAACUGGUUAUUACUUUCUAAGAACUACGAUACACAUAGAUAUAAGUAUCUGGAGCUAGACGUUGGGUUGAUCAUUAUGUCUCAGCUAAAAGGCAAGACAUUUAUACAGUUGAGACCGCGUGCUCCCUGCGAGGAUGACUGCUACACCUUGAAUUUUGAGCUUUCAGAAGGCGAAACUCUAGUGUUGGCCAAUUCCCUGUGGGAGUUCGAAUAUUUACCUGGCAAGGGUGAAAACGUUGCCAUGAUCACUGAAACCGAUUGGAAUGAAUCCUAAUGUCUUUAGAUAAUCGUGUGAAUUGUCCUUCGUUAGUAGAUAAAUGAAUGUGGGAUGUGUACCGAUUAGAAUCGACCGCUUUCUUCAUUAUUGCAGACAAUUAUUUACUCAUCUGCAAUGUUCAAUCGAUGAGGUCGGUACAUAAUCAAAGUGCGUAAUUGUAUUUAAUAUAUAGGGUGUUCAAUAAUUUACAUAUAAUAAUGACUAUCUCUACAAAACCAGAAAAUAGAAAGUUUACAGAAGUUAUAGAUAUAUUGAAGCUGAAUUUUUUCACAGGGAUCACAAUACUUAAUUCAGAUAACAUUUUGUGUUAUAUUUUGGAAUGUCACUCAUUGCAACAGAGUUUUUCGGUACGGUUUUCUGGCCAUACCAAGUAACGAAGAAUUGCGUAUAAAAACGAAGCUUUCUACGAGCGAAUUCAGCUCUAAAAUGGUUUUAUUUUCUACUUUUUACUAUUAUUGAGUUUAAUUUGUAUGCGAUGAGACGGAUCUGUAAAAUGGCUGUUAAAAAGGGAAGUGACCACAUAUCAACAAUCGUUUACAUUUCAAGUUCACUUCAAUAGUCAUUAAGUUUAACUUAAAUGUACUGAGACGGACUAAUUGCUAUCGGCAAAGCACCCAGAGGUUCAUAGAAAAGUUAUCAUACUAAUCUUGCUACUGUUUACUACCAGCCAAACAACAUAAUUUAUUUUAGUCCUGUUUUCCAUUCACUUUGUGUUCCAUGAUGUACCUACUUAUUUCGCUACAAAUGCUGUUGCAAAAGUCGGUUUUCAGUACAUAGACGUAAAAUUAGAUUUAAAUUAUAAUUGAGCAACACACAAUGUAUUUUCUGCACAAUGAUGAUAUCGUAAUAUAGUUAGUAAGUAAUGUUUUGAUCGGAUUCAGACUCUGAUUAAGUACCUCAAGUAUUAAUACUAAUACAUUAUUAUAAUUGAAGCAAAA